GGAGCGCGCAUCAGUCCGGGGUGUCCUGGGGGACAACGUGUGACGGGGACGCGCACUUGAACUGGGAGUGAACCGGACCACCGCCUCGGAGUUUCACUGCCAACGGGAGCCGGUUCGCGUCAGUCUGGACUGUUUCAGGUGUAACUUUGUCGGAUAAUUGUUCGCACUUUUGGAAAAAAAAAAAACACUGAACCCUUUUUGCGCCUCACAGAGGUUUGAUUCAAAGCGAAUGAGACCGUGCGUAAAGCCAAAAACUGACGCGCAGGCGACGUUUUGCGCAUUAAAAGAACCAGCUUCGCGGACUGCAGCGCGGUGGCUUUUCACCGCUGAGUUUCCUGCUGAGGAUGUCAGUCAGAUGAGCGCUGAGCUGCUGUCCAGGUGGCUUUAGCCCUCCGCUGGCUGAGAUGCGACCAUGUCCUUUACGCACCGGCUCGCUCUGCUCCUGCUCGGCCUCACCCUCAUCCACACGCUGCAGCAGGCAACUCUGCAGACAAACUGUUGAACUUCAACGUGAAAAUCCCGCAGAGUGACGUCAGUAAACUGCUCUCAUGUUGACCAAACCCAGCUGAUCUGUGCAAAGAGGAGAGGGACGAGGAAAAGCUGAUGUUAGAGAGUCCCUCAGCUCGCUGCCGGUUAAUGGAAAGUUUCCUCACUGCCAGUUCUACUGGGAGAUGCAGAGAGCCAGGAGAGAGUGUCAGACACAACUGCAGCAACAGACGCCUGCUAGCACAGGAUGUCGCGGCGAGUGGGACAAUGUGUCUUGUUGGCAGAGCGCGGCGUUCGGCGAGGUGAUGACCCUCCCCUGCCCCUCCCCCCUCCUGCGCCUGUUUGGAAAAAAUGGUAUCCUCAGCAGGAACUGCACAGAGAAAGGUUGGUCUGACGUCUACCCCGUCAUCACCAUCGCCUGCUGGUCGAACAACACAAAUGAACCCAGUGAGCUGGUCUUCUACAAGGUGGUGAGGAUACUGUCCACUCUGGGCCACAGCCUGUCCCUCAUCACUCUGCUCACCAGCACCGCCAUCAUCUGUUUGUACAGGAGGCUCCACUGCACGAGGAACUACAUCCAUCUGAACUUGUUUGUAUCGUUCAUGCUGCGAGCCGUGGCCGUGCUGACCAAAGACACGCUGCUCUUCUCAGAUGAUGAAAACACAGACUGCAGCACGCAGCCAUCGCUGGUGGGCUGUAAGGCCAGCCUGGUAUUCUUCAACUACUUCAUCAUGGCCAACUUCUUCUGGCUGCUGGUGGAGGGUGUCUAUCUGCACACACUGCUGCUCGUCAUCCACAGCUACUCCAUCCGCCUCUCCACCUACAUGCUCAUCGGCUGGGGAAUCCCUUUGGUUUUCAUGGUUGCAUGGAUCAUAUGUAGGAUAAACAUGGAGGACACAAGGUGUUGGGAGAUGAAUGAAAACCCCGUCCCCAACAGACUGAUCAACUGGCCCAUCAUGGCAACUGUCAUUAUCAACUUCAUUCUGUUCAUCAGCAUCAUCCGCAUCCUGGUGCAGAAACUGCGCUGCACUGACGUUGGAGGAAAUGAGCAGUCGCAAUACAGACGUCUGGCUAAGUCCACCCUCCUGCUGAUCCCUCUGUUUGGGAUAAACUACGUGGUGUUCGUCUACCUGAUGGAGCCGGCUGACAAAAACAUGAAGCAGAUCAAGAUCUUCUUUGAACUCGGCCUCGGAUCCUUCCAGGGUCUAGUUGUGGCUGUCCUCUAUUGUUUCCUCAACAGCGAAGUCCAGAGCGAGCUGAGGAGGACGUGGAGGAGUUUAUCUCUCAAGCGUUACGUAGGGCGGGACUACAGGCUACACGCCAUGUCAGUCAGCCGAAACGGCACCGAAAACUCGGCUCAGUUUCCCAGGAACUCCCGAGCCCAGUCCAUCCUGCAGACUGAGACCACCGUGCUCUGACCAGGGACAGAGACAGUCUGAAGAAAGGUGCAGUGGAGGUUCAGAGUCUUACUCCAGGACACUUUUAUAGACAUAUCGUUUGCAACUGCAGAAACUGAACCUGUGACCUGCAGGAGGACUGUGUACAUCACUUUCUUCACAAUGGUCUUCAGUUCAUGACACACAUGUAACAGUGCCUGCUGAAAUCAUGAAGAACAGAGACCUGAAUUUUAGUUCUUCCUUUUGUAUCAUUAAACAUUAUAAAAAACAAAGUUGCAAAUGAAGACUAUCAAAUAAACAACACACUUACAUGCUCUCAGUUGUUAGAUAUUUCUGGGAGACGGACGAGUGUAUCAUCCGCAGCGUUCUCCUUUUCGAAGGAGAGGCUUCAAAUCAAAGAACAUUUACCACAUAGCUUAAAAACAAGUCAUAAACAAUUUAUGUAUUAGAAAUACGUUGUUUUAUGUUAUUACUAACCAAAAAAUGACACCAUGUGGUGGAGAAUCACUGUUUUUGACAAAUGUUAAUUUAUUUAUAUUUUUUUAAUUAUAGUGGGUCCAUGGAAGCAGACUGUGCAGACCUGAUGCCACGUUCAUUUCAUGUUAGAUUUAGCUGAAAUAUUAACUGCCGACAUGGAAUUAAAUAUUCUUGUCAGUCUCCUAGUGGUCAUUUUAAGUCAGACAUGUGGCCACAGUGGUCCUUAACUUUUUUGGCUUGUGGCCCUUUAAAAUGAAGCAGCGUCUUGCGACUCCUUGGUCUCUAACGUCUACCAAUUGUUACAGUAUAUUUGAAACAUUUCUACCCGCCUAAACAGGUAAAGUUAUCCAGUAAUACACAAGGAAAAAAGUUUUGUAGCAUUUUCUGCUCUCCUCCCCUGGUCAGUCAUCUCACGACCCCUCAGAUUAAUCUUGCAAUCCCUUGUUGGGGUCCCGACCCCCAUGUUGGGAACUACAGAGCAGUAUCAUCUGGGAGUCCGGUAAACAUACAGGUUACUGUAGCUCAUGUUAAUCAUGAUUGUCCAUUUAUUUUUUUGUUUAAUUGUUUAUUUUUCAUAUGUAGUUUUUUUUUGUGCCAAAAUGAGGGUUUUGUGGAUCUGUUUUUUUUAUUUUAUUUUGUACUGAUAUCUUUGAAUUGGACCAUCUUGGAUUUCAGUGUUUCCCACCAGACUUUUAUUCUUCAGGACCUGAAACUGUAGACCAUUAUGAGGCACCAAAACUCUUUUUAAAAAAGAGGGAGAGUUAUUACCUUUUAAAUUAAAUAUAUGAAUAAAUAAAAAUGGACAGAGAAUUUCUUCCCCAAUAUUAUUAUCAGGGAGGAUAUUCCAUCAUAUCAGGAUCCUGAAAUGGAAACAGACGAUAUGUGAAAUUCAGUUAGAGGAAGAACAUCAGAAUAACAGAUACACCCGUCUAACCCUCAGCAAUGUACAGUAUUCUGGGCACUGAAUUUAUCCAAAAUGACUCACAGUAACACAAGCAGGGUUUCAGUUGUACUUGCAAAAAACAUACUCGCCUUAUACAGAGAAUGAUUGUUUUGUAUUUUAUGUGUUGUUUUUUUACACAGUUGAGUAUUAUUAAUGUAGGUUAUGCACACGAGGUUGAGGGAGAUUUGUAAGCUUUUGAACACAACUGUAAACCUGUGACUCCGUAUGUAUAAAAGCUUUUAUCAUGAA